ACUGUCAAAGAUCUGUCUUAUUGUCGCAGGGCCAUUAAUUUGAGGUUACUUCCUUUGAAUUAUGCUGAGAAUUCUUGCAUUUAUUUAAAAAUAGUCAUUAUUCGUAUUAAAGUAGGCGUUAAAUAUCAAAUUUAGUAACAAUGGCUACUGUAUCUAGUGCACCGGCGCCAGGGAUGCAUCAAAUUGAUUUAUCCAAGCUUAAUUUACAGCAGUUGGCUCAACUUAAACAACAAUUGGAUCAAGAAAUGUCUGUAUUUCAAGAUUCAUUGCAUACACUGAAGGUAGCUCAAGGGAAAUUUAUGGAAUCUGGUGAAUGUGUUGAAAAAAUGACUCCUGAAUGUAAAGGCAAGAGCAUACUGGUACCUUUGACUGGAUCUAUGUACAUCCCUGGCUCAAUAGCAGACACUGAAAACGUUCUGAUUGAUAUAGGAACUGGAUAUUAUGCACAGAAAGAUAUUGCUGGUGCUAAAGACUAUUUCAAGAGGAAAGUUGCUUUUGUAUCGGAACAAAUGGAAAAAAUAAAAGCUUUAGGUGUAGAGAAAUCAAAGGUUCACAAAGCUAUUUGUAUGAUGAUUGAGAUGAAGCUGCAAGCCCAGAUGCAGGCAGCAAAGCCUUCAACCUCAUAAAUAUAUUAUUAUAUACUUUAUAAGAAACAAUUGCUUUACCAUUUUUGUCGCCUUGGGAUAUUUAAGCAUUAGAAUCUUGGCAUUUACACCACUCAGCAUAAACAGGGUUGUUCUAAUCACAAAUUUGUAUGAAAUUAUUAUCUAAGUAUGAGCAGAUACUAAGAUUCACACUAACAAAAUGUUUCACAAUUAUUGAUAUCUAUAACAAUAUGUUUUGUAUGUAAAACACCCAUUUUGACUAAACUAACCAGAGGUUCUUUUGUUCUCAUUUAAAAAUAAUUUAAUUUUUAAAAUAAAUACAAGUUUCUAUUAAAAAAAAAUGGUCUUUGUAUAAAAAAUAUGUAACAAUGUUUAGUUAAAUGAUCACUACUUUGUUAACCUCUCUAUUUCACAUGAGCUAGUUUGAUAAAUAAAUUAAUAUCAGUA